AUGAUGUUAGUUGCCAGACCAGGAAACUCGAGAUCCCGGCGCCUGCUACUCUUUCUUCUGCUCGUCGCAGCCUGGGAGGCGGGGAGCGGCCAGCUCCGCUACUCGGUCCCGGAGGAGGCCAAGCACGGCACCUUCGUGGGCCGCAUCGCGCAGGACCUGGGGCUGGAGCUGGCCCAGCUGGUGCCGCGCCUGUUCCGGGUGGCGUCCAAGGGCCGCGGGGACCUUCUGGAGGUGAAUCUGCAGAACGGCAUUUUGUUUGUGAAUUCUCGGAUCGACCGCGAGGAGCUGUGCGGGCGGAGCCUGGAGUGCAGCAUCCACCUGGAGGUGAUCGUGGAGCGGCCGCUGCAGGUUUUCCACGUGGAGGUGGAGGUGAGGGACAUUAACGACAACCCGCCGGUGUUCCCAACCAGACAAAAGAAUCUGUUUAUUUCCGAAACGAGGGCUCUUGACUCCCAUUUUUCACUAGAGGGCGCCUUGGAUGCAGAUGUCGGGGUCAACGCACUGCUGACUUACAGGCUGAGCCCCAGUGAAUAUUUCUCGCUGGAGGUACCAAACAACGACGAGCAGGUAAAACCUCUCGGACUGGUACUAAAAAAAUCUUUAGACAGAGAAGUCUCUUCGCAGCUUCUCUUGGUGCUCAAAGCAACUGAUGGGGGCAAACCUGAGCUGACAGGGACGGUAGAGUUACACAUCACAGUGCUGGAUGUAAAUGACAAUGCCCCGGUGUUUGACAAAGCAGUCUAUCAUGUAAAAUUACUGGAAAAUGCAAGAAACGGUACAUUGAUUACUAGACUUAACGCCUCGGAUUCGGAUGAGGGUUCAAACAGCCACAUUCUUUAUUUCUUUGCAACUGAUGUCUCCCCUAACACAGAAGCCUCUUUUCACAUAGAUUCAGCCAGUGGGGAAGUAAAAGUAAAUGGAAAAAUAGAUUUUGAGGAAACUAAAUUAUGGAAGAUUCAAAUAGAGGCAGUUGACAAAGGCAAUCCCCCAAUGUUUGGUCACUGCACAAUCUUGGUAGAAGUGUUGGACAUCAAUGAUAACCCUCCAGAGUUAGUAGUAACAUCGCUAUCACUCCCUGUGCGAGAGGAUGCUUCAGUGGAGACGGUCAUCGCCCUGAUCAGUGUAACUGACCUUGACUCUGGCGCCAACGGACAGGUCACCUGCUCCCUGACGCCCCACGUCCCCUUCAAGCUGGUGUCCACCUUCAAGAAUUACUACUCGUUGGUGCUGGACGGCGCCCUGGACCGCGAGAGCGUGUCGGCCUACCAGCUGGUGGUGACCGCGCGCGACGGGGGCUCGCCCUCGCGGUGGGCCACGGCCAGCGUGGCGGUGGAGGUGGCCGACGUGAACGACAACGCGCCCGCCUUCGCGCAGCCCGAGUACACGGUGUUCGUGAAGGAGAACAACCCGCCGGGCUGCCACGUCUUCACGGUGUCGGCGCGGGACGCGGACGCGCGGGAGAACGCGCGGGUGUCGUACGCGCUGGUGGAGCGGCGGGUGGGCGCGCGCGCGCUGUCGAGCUACGUGUCGGUGCGCGCGGAGAGCGGCGAGGUGUUCGCGCUGCAGCCGCUGGACCACGAGGAGCUGCAGCUGCCGUUCCAGGUGAGCGCGCGCGACGCGGGCGUGCCGCCCCUGGGCGCCGCGUCGCGGGCGCUGGCGGGCUCCGCGGGCCCCGGGUCCGCGCUGGUGGACGUCAACGUGUACCUGAUCGUGGCCAUCUGCGCGGUGUCCAGCCUGAUGGUGCUGACGCUGCUGCUGUACACGGCGCUGCGGUGCUCGGCGCCGCCCCCCGAGGGCGCGUGCGGGCCGGGCAAGCCCCCGCUGGUGUGCUCCAGCGCGGCGGGGAGCUGGUCGUCCUCGCGGCCGAGGCGGCAGAGGGUGUGCUCAGGGGAGGGCCCGCCCAAGACCGACCUCAUGGCUUUUAGCCCUAGUGUUCCUCCUGGUUCGGGAUCUGGGGACAGUGGCGUUCAACAGAUUUUCGAGAAUAGAAGGGGAUCGGGCGCUCUGCGACCACUGCUCUCGCUUCUUCUCCUCGCCUUCUGGGAGGCAGGGAGCGGCCAGCUCCACUACUCGGUCCCCGAGGAGGCCAAGCACGGCACCUUCGUGGGCCGCAUCGCGCAGGACCUGGGGCUGGAGCUGGCCCAGCUGGUGCCGCGCCUGUUCCGGGUGGCGUCCAAGGGCCGCGGGGACCUUCUGGAGGUGAAUCUGCAGAACGGCAUUUUGUUUGUGAAUUCUCGGAUCGACCGCGAGGAGCUGUGCGGGCGGAGCUUGGAGUGCAGCAUCCACCUGGAGGUGAUCGUGGAGCGGCCGCUGCAGGUUUUCCACGUGGAGGUGGAGGUGAGGGACAUUAACGACAACCCGCCAGUGUUCUCUCUCGGAGAACAAAGGCUACUGAUUUCUGAAUCUAAGCAAUUGGACUCGCGUUUUCCGCUAGAGGGAGCUUCUGACGCUGAUAUAGAGGAGAAUGCUCUAUUGACCUACAGACUAAGUCCAAAUGAGUAUUUUUCUUUAGAAUCAUCAACAAACAGUAAGCAGACUAAAAGACUGUCACUUAUAUUAAAGAAGUCUCUGGAUAGAGAGAAAACUCCGGAACUUAACUUGCUACUGACAGCUACGGACGGGGGGAAACCGGAGCUCACGGGCACUGUUCGGUUGUUCAUGAGAGUCUUGGAUGUUAACGAUAACGAUCCUGAGUUUGAGCAGACGGAAUACAAGGUGAGCUUGAUGGAAAACGCUGCUAAAGAAACUCUUGUGAUAAAGUUAAACGCCACAGAUCAAGACGAAGGGGUCAACGGGGAGGUAUCGUACUCCCUGAAAGCAAUCAAGCCCAGUGGAAGACCCUUAUUUACACUAGAUGAAAAUAAUGGAGAAGUGAGGGUCAAUGGAACUUUAGAUUAUGAAGAAAACAAAUUUUAUGAAAUUGAAGUUCAGGCCACAGAUAAGGGGAUUCCCCCAAUGGCAGGGCACUGUACAAUCUGGGUAGAAAUCUUAGACGCCAACGAUAACUCCCCUGAAGUGACCGUGACUUCCCUGUCCCUCCCUGUGCGAGAGGAUGCUUCAGUGGAGACGGUCAUCGCCCUAAUCAGCGUAACUGACCUUGACUCCGGCGCCAACGGACAGGUCACCUGCUCCCUGACGCCCCACGUCCCCUUCAAGCUGGCGCCCACCUUCAAGAAUUACUACUCGUUGGUGCUGGACGGCGCCCUGGACCGCGAGAGCGUGUCGGCCUACCAGCUGGUGGUGACCGCGCGCGACGGGGGCUCGCCCUCGCGGCUGGUGGACGGCGGCCAGGCGCCCCAGGCCGCGUCGCGGGCGCUGGCGGGCUCCGCGGGCCCCGGGUCCGCGCUGGUGGACGUCAACGUGUACCUGAUCGUGGCCAUCUGCGCGGUGUCCAGCCUGCUGGUGCUGACGCUGCUGCUGUACACGGCGCUGCGGUGCUCGGCGCCGCCCCCCGAGGGCGCGUGCGGGCCGGGCAAGCCCCCGCUGGUGUGCUCCAGCGCGGCGGGGAGCUGGUCGUCCUCGCGGCCGAGGCGGCAGAGGGUGUGCUCUGGGGAGGGCCCGCCCAAGACCGACCUCAUGGCCUUCAGCCCCAGUCUUUCUCCCGGUCCCAAUAGAGAAGGCGAAGGGGAAAAGCAGGAGGCAGUUUUAAAGCAUUCUGGACAGUCACAUGAUGUCGCUGUACACUCAAAAGGUGAAAAAGAAAAAUUUGUUCCGUACCAGCUUUCCAACCAUUCACAGAAUAGGAUCGACUCCAUAUUGACUGUAAUGAUGGAUACAAUGUACUAA